UCCGAUCUCUUAAACAUGAAGGUCAUCGUUGCUGUACUCUUCGCUCUCGGCUCCGUGGCAGCCAAAGGAUCAGGUCCUUACCUGCCCAGUGGAUGGAAACCAGAAGGUCCCAGCUUCUACUUGCCUUCUGAAGUCUCCAAGCCCUCCGAUGGUCCUCUCAAAGAAAACCUGUUCCAAGAGACGGAAGCUUCAGGAUCUGAAGCCCUCAGGGAGUACGGCCCUCCUAAACUGGACGAGGUUAUCCAGAUCCUGCCCAGCCAAGCCCUCCCUGAUGUAGCCACUGAACAGACCUUCUUGGUAGAAGCUAAGGUCAACCAGGACCUAGUGGCUGCUGUUGAAGAAGCUGAAGUAGAAGCCAAUACUGAACAAAUAUCAGCCAUCGUUGGAGAACUAGCAACAGCUACUGAAUCACAACUUGCUGAAAUCUCUGAAGAGCAAACCACUGAAAUCCUAUCCGAAGCUCAACCAACCUUAGAAGCUAAAGCUGAAAUCGUAGAACAGACCGGAGUGACAGCACAAGAAGCUGCUCCUACUGCUGCGUACACAGAAGAGAAUGUACAAGAAGAGGUAGUGGUGCCGACUGCUGUUGCUCAAGAAGAGGUUGUCCCUACUGUUGUUGAGGAGAUCGUUGAGGAGCAAGUUGUUAGAGUGAACAACAUCGCGGAGGCUAUCGAGAGCUUGGAAAAGGAGGUUAAGGCUGAGGCCAUCGAAGGUGUUGUGAAAAUCAAGCAGAUCUCAGGAUCCCUGGAACAAGCCCCUGAAGGUUUCCUCGAGUACGGACCCCCCGGCUUCAAGGAGUACGGACCCCCCAAGGAGGACGAAAUCGCCCGGUCUGCUGCAGUUGAGCUGGCCCCGACCAGCGCUUUCGAGAACAAUGAAGUCAGAAGGAGGCGAUUCUCCCCCAAAUUCAGAUCAACCAAGAAACACUAAGAAUGAACGAGAAAGAUAACUAAAACUAAGCCAGUUAGGACAAUGGACUUCGAUACCUAAACUUACUUAUUUCAUUAAAAAAAAAACAAAUAAAAAAUCUUCUUUCAAAAAUGGCCGUCAGCCAUUUUGUUUUAUUUGAUUAAUGUUGGUGUUAGGUUAUGUUUAAUGUCAGUGGUGAUAAGAUUGAAUAAAAAUGUAUUGUGAUAAUAAAUUAAUAAAUGUUAUUAACAAAUCUAA